UUUUUGUUUCCUUAACCCCUCCAGGAGGAAUUUUGGAUCUCUCCUUGCUCCUUAAACCCCAAAACAGAGUCUGUGUGUCACUCCGGCAGAGCAGAUAAAGGUAUAAAAAUGCAAAGUGCGACUCUCGCCUUUCAUCCUCCGGCACUCCAUACUUGUUCACCUUCUCACUUCUCCUUCAAACCCAAACCCUAUCACACAUUCUUCUCAUACACUUGUCCAACUCCUACACUAUCUUUUACCCAAACCCUGUCAAGAAAAUCCAUUUGCAUAACCCCAGCUGUUGGCAAAUAUGUCAGGGAGGAUUAUCUUGUGAAGAAGUUGUCUGCCAAAGAGAUUCAGGAACUGAUAAAGGGAGAAAGGAAUGUGCCACUGAUUAUUGAUUUCUAUGCCACAUGGUGUGGUCCUUGUAUUUUGAUGGCUCAAGAACUUGAAAUGCUUGCUGUAGAGUAUGAAAACAAUGCACUUAUUGUGAAAGUGGACACAGAUGAUGAAUAUGAAUUUGCACAUGAUAUGCAGGUUCGAGGACUACCUACAUUGUAUUUCAUAAGUCCAGAUCCAAAUAAGGAUGCUAUCAGAACUGAAGGGCUCAUCCCAAUACAAAUGAUGCGGGACAUCAUUAACAAUGAUUUAUGAUGAAUAAUUCAGUAGGUUCUUCGUUAGUUGAACUAUGCAUCCCAUGCUCUUUGCUGCUGUUGUCAAGCUGCCUUUUAUUCAUUCGCAGCAAUGUACCAAUAUGUGGAUCUCAAUAUAAUUUUUUAGCAAUUUCU